AUGUUAGUUUUAUUUGGUCAGCCAGAAAAUUGGCACGAGCAGGACUUUCGUGCAGUCGAUGAUCGAGUCCGUGGAGGAUCCUCUAUUAGCCAUUUAACAGUCGAGAAAGGUAAUGAUAGUGAUUCUUAUGCGAGAUUUUGGGGUACUCUGGAUACAAAAACUCUUGGGGGCGCUGGGUUUGCUAGUCAGGCAACGAACAUUCCUAACCGUAAAUGGAAUUUGAGAGAGUUUGAUGGUAUAGAGAUUAAUAUUGCGAAGAGCGACAAUUUCAAAUAUACUUUUAUUAUCAAAGAUGAUCAUCAAAAAAGGGGCGAUCAUGAACGCUCCACUUUAUCCUAUGAAUAUGACUUUAGCCCAUCCUUUUCCAAAGAGGACCAAAGUAUUUACAUUCCAUUUUCUGAGUUUCGACCUACCUAUAGGGGUCGUCCAGUUGAGGGGGCUCCUCCCUUGGAUACUAGCGAAAUCGUCCAGUUUUCAUUUAUGAAUCGAAGCUUUUUCAAUUCACAAAAUGGUGACUUUGAGUUACUUUUGACUAGCGUUCGUGCUAAACCAAAAUAUGCUUUUCAACAGGCUGAUUUAUCUGAAAAAGAACCAUACGCCGUUGAAGAGGAAUCUGAGAAAGGUUUGCUUUCGUACUGCUUAUGUCAGUGA